AUGUCCCUGGCCAAUGCCUCCCAAUUCUCACCAUCCACAUUCUUCCUUAUGGGCAUCCCUGGCUUGGAGCACCUUCACACUUGGAUAGGGAUUCCCUUCUGUUCCAUGUAUGUAGUGGCUGUAGUUGGAAAUGUGACUAUCUUGGCUGUGGUUCGAACAGAGCAAAGCCUACAUGAGCCCAUGUUUCUCUUCCUAUGCAUGCUUUCUGUCAUUUAUCUGGUACUGUCAACCUCCACUGUGCCUCGUAUGCUCUGUCUCUUCUGGUUUGGUUCCCAUGAAAUUGCUUUUGAUGCAUGCCUAACUCAAAUUUUCUUUAUCCAUAGUUUCACAGCCAUGGAAUCUGGCUUCUUAGCAAUGGCCUUUGACGGCUAUGUGGCCAUUUGCAACCCAUUGCACCAUACAACUGUCCUUACCCAUAUCCGCAUAGCCAAGAUAGGUGUUGCCAUGGUACUUAGAGGUGUGGUCUUUUUCUCCCCACACCCUACCCUGCUUAAGCAGCUACCCCACUGUCGGACUCAAAUAAUUGCACACACCUACUGUGAGUUCAUGGCCUUGGUCAAACUUGCAUGUGCAGAUGCAGGUGCUGCCAAGGGCUAUAGCAUCAGUAUGGCUGGUAUCUUUGACUGUUGUGAUACCUCCUUUAUAACCAUAUCCUAUAUCCUUAUUCUAUGUGCUGUUUUCCAUCUCCCAUCCUGUGAGGCCAGACUUAAAGCAUUGGGCACAUGUGGCCCCCAUGUUUGUGUCAUUCUUGUCUUCUACUCCACAGCUGGUUUCACAUUCCUGACUCAUCGCUUUGGUUUCAAUGUACCCCCUCAUGUUCACAUUUUUAUCGCUAAUAUGUAUUUGCUAGUGCCUCCUUCCUUAAUACCAUUGUCUAUGGAGUCAGGACUAAAAAGAUCAGGGAUCAUGUUCUAG